AUGACACUCCACGUCUUGCAACAUGACCAAGAAAUUGCACGUCUACAGCCUCUUCUUGACUGUUCAGACAGUAAAGAAACAUCUCAAGACGACUAUCAUAUGCAUACGAAGAAAAAGAAGAAAAUUCCAAGCUGGAUGGUGGUGCUGGGCGUCGUCACUGUCCUGUUACUAUUCCUCCACCUUAUAUUUGUAGCUUUAUUAAGGAAGACGCAAGUGACGCUGGACCAAUUGACCCUGCCAGAUUUAUGCCAUUGUAAAUCAGAGGGUGAAGUGAUUAUAACGUUCCAGAAUCCGUCGUAUUGUUCACCAGUCGUGGGGCCAUUGAGCAUCACUUUUGCAAAGAAGAACACGCCUUUUCUGCACAUUCAAAUUGCUGCAUUUGAGCUUCAAUCAGGUGUAACAACAAUGAUAUCGUCGGUAAAGUUAGAGCUAUUGACGUCACCUGAAGUGCUCUAUAGCCUCGUGUUUGCUAAUGGAGAAAAUAUCGACGUUUAUGGACAAGUUCCUGUACUAAUUUCGUGCAUGUUGGUCCCGUUUACGAUUCAUUUGGACGUUUCGAACCUUCUGAGAAAGAACUCACGACCACCUGCUGCUAUGUUUGUCCCAUUCAAAUGGCCCUAUGUAUUGGAUCCACCGUUGUAUGGUGCUGACGCAUGGGGAUCAGAUGUCGUGAACGGGAUCAAAACUGAGCUGCAGCGUGUCGUCAAGCAGGUGUUGGAAACGAUUGCACUUUCCCAUAUUCACACGGAGACAGAUGAGCAAGAGGUGUUUGCUUUUACGGACGUGUCGUUCGAGUAUGUCUCGAGGGUGCUCUGGAAUCUCCCCUCGCUUUCAGUAGAAGUUCAAUCUGCAGAAAGACAAACCAUUCUCGUGGCAGGAUUCAAACGAUUUCUCUUGGGGAGCGGCCAGACGUUCAUUUCUGCCUACACGGAGGUCUUUAAAAGCCAGUCGGAGCCACUUCAGUCGAUGCUGCAAUCGUACUUGACAGGAAAUGACGUUGUACUUCAUGUAGGCGGAGGCAAUCGUGGUACUGAGUGCUACUUGUUGCAAGUGCUUGACCAUAUAGACGUCAAGGUCAACGUCCCUGCCAAGAUAGACAACAAACCAGCGCUACUCCGUAAGUACUUUAUCACGCCGUCAUUGAAGGAAUUGGAUUUGAAGACGCACAAGUGUUUGCUGGAGUUAAAAGUGGCUAUCAAGAUCAACAAUCCGCUACCUAUUCGCUUUGACUUUUACGGGAUCGAGCUGGAUCUCUUGUACGAGAUGGUUGUAUCAACCGACAGACCGAGGCCGACAUUCCUCCGACACAUUAAGGACAUUAAGCAUGUGUCGUGGGCGCCGCACGAAGAGAACAGUAUCGUGCUGAACACAGCUGUUGACAACUUUGAUACGUGCAUGGAAGUAGUGGGGUUGUACUUGCACAAUCAGCUGACAUUCGACAUCCAGCAUGGCCACAUUUCAAUUGGUGCUGGCAGUGGCAACUUUAGUAUUCCAUUUUCAACCAAGGGCAUCCACAUCCAUCCUCAAUCUGCGACGAGUCAAGUGUGA